AAACUGGCAACUUUUGUUCCCGGACUUCGGACCGGACUCCGGACCGGAACCGGAACGAAGCCAAUCGGACCGAACCCAAAUCGGACCGGAACGAGCUAGUUCCGAUUUUUUACCAGACCGGACCGGACCGUAACGCGGACCCAACGUUUUUGUUCCGAUGUCGAACACUAGUUCUUAAAUUGAUUUUUGUCUAUAUUUCGUUAUUUUCACUAUUUUUCUAUUUAUUUAGUUAUUUCAUGAAAUAUUGACAUUUAGUUCAACAAACUCACGUUUUCUUCAUAGGAUGGUUAGUUCCUUGCUAGGUCUGAUAGAAAGCCAUAUUUGUUGAAAAAAAAACUGUUUUUAAGGGGAUUUGCCUUAACGCGCUAAUCUACUCAAAGUUAUUCAACUUUUUUGGAUACUUUUUCCUUAAAGUAGCUCCAACUCUAAAUGUAUACCAAUUGGAGUUAUUCUAUAGCUUCCAUUUGAAGGCUGAGAAAAUUUUCUACUAGAUACAGUCAUUACAUAUGCAAAAAUAUUUAAAAGUAGUACUUUUUAUCAUAUUUUGGUGUAUUUGUUUUUAAGCUCAAAUUAAGCCUUCAAAUCUACUGUACAGUUUGUUAUUUGACACCAGUUUUUCAAACACAAUAGUAUAAAAGCUGUAGGAAUCAUUCAAGUGUCAUAAAUGUUCAUCGAAAACCUCCAAAAAAUUAAAAAGGCAUCCAAAUGCUCGAAAACAAACGCAACACUGCAAAAAACAAACUUCUGUUUGGAAGCACUAUAAAAACAUGAAUGAACGACACUAUCAGCAAACUCGAUCUGUCCAAUCACACCACCAUAUACCCGUGUGUGUCAGUUUUACCGAUGGACAAACAUCGGCUGGACUGGUGCUGUCCGGCGGUAAUAUUGCUCGCGACUCAGCCGCCUGUGCCGGCUUGGCUGUGAGUGCUUUUAGUACACUCUCAGCCACGCUCUGGUUAUCACUUCGUGUAAUCUCCUCGUCCGUCUCACGGCUGGCAACCGUUUUCCGUGUGCACACACGCAGCAUCUCAAGUGUUCUCGUUCGCAUAUAGCUGUACAGUCCUGUUUGCUCCUAGAGUGAACUACCCAAAACAGCAACGUGUCCUCCGCGAAAUGAGUAAUAAUAGUGCAGUCAAUCGUUUCGAAAUAUCGGAUAAUGCCGACGAACUGAACCAGGAGAUCGAUGACACCAACUUCCCACGCAGUAACUCCAUCAAUGGGAACGGAUCGAUCACCAGCCUGACGGGGCACGGCAACGGGAUGACGGCGUUCGCGACUCGGCGUCGGUCCAGCAGCCUGCGGAAAACCGAAUCCGAAUCCAUCGACGAUGAGAUGACCAAGGAUGCACAGGAAAACGGGACUCCCCUAGUAAAUCGAGCCGUUCCGGCGCCCCUACGCACGGACAGCUUCUCAGGUGAGGUGUUUAUCGGCAACACGGUUCCGAAUACUCCGCGCACCAUUUUGACGCCAGGUCACGAAAAAUGUACAUUCCACCACGAUCUGGAACUGGACCACAAACCGUCCACCCGGGAGGAUUUACUGCCGCUGAUGUCCAAGUCCUACCGAAUGCUGCUCAGCAGCCUCGGCGAGGAUCCCGAACGACAGGGUCUUUUGAAAACUCCGGAACGGGCUGCCAAGGCUAUGCUGUUCUUCACCAAAGGAUACGACCAAAGCUUGGAAGAGGCCCUAAACGGUGCUGUGUUUGACGAGGACCAUGACGAGAUGGUGCUUGUUAAGGACAUCGAAAUGUUUUCAAUGUGCGAACAUCAUCUGGUUCCGUUCUAUGGCAAGGUAUCGAUCGGUUAUCUACCUUGCAAGAAAAUUCUCGGCCUCAGUAAACUAGCCAGGAUCGUGGAAAUUUUCUCUCGUCGGCUGCAGGUUCAGGAACGUCUGACCAAGCAAAUCGCUGUCGCCGUAACUCAGGCCGUCCAGCCUGCCGGAGUUGCGGUAAUCAUUGAAGGAGUUCACAUGUGCAUGGUGAUGCGGGGUGUUCAAAAAAUCAACAGCAAAACCGUCACCUCGACAAUGCUGGGCGUUUUCCGUGACGACCCCAAAACUCGCGAGGAAUUCCUGACCCUGUGCAAUAACAAGUAAAGUGGAUGGAUGAGCUGGCUCGAACUACACUGUGAAAUGAGCAAAAGAAAACAAAUCUGCGCUGUCUAUUGCCCGAAAAAUCGAAACGUAAUGAUAAUUUUUUAGGGAAUUUUAAUCUCCAUGUUGUAUCAUUGUUGUUUGUCUGUUAAAAUGUUGUUCGAUACUAACUAAUUUAAACGUAAAUAUUCCUAUAAAGGUCCAACAUGAAAAAUUGUAUACAUUUGAGAAAUAAAGCUCCACUAUUGCUAUUAGAAAAAACACAGAAAGGGAGAAAACAAUAAGCUUUACAAGCCAAUCGAAAAUAAAUGAUAGAGUCACUUCAUCAGGGGCCAAAAAAUACUAAAAUAAGCAAACACUCGAACUUUUACGCAGAGAUAUAUCUACCAUUGAGGUUAACAAACAUACAAGGGACAUUAAAUGCAGUAACAAUGAUGCGAUACGAUAUAAGAAACCUAAGGUAAAUGUAUAUUAGAAAAAAAAACAUUGCACUAGCCAUUUGAUGUUAAAUAAUACUUCCGAAGUUGCAACGAAUUAAGUUACAUAAUCAAUCAAUAAAUCUCGUUUCACUUCUGUAAA